AUGGCCGCAGUAGGCCUCGUUGUUGGCAUACUGAUGGAAAAGAAAAGAAGAAAAGAAAAGAUGAAAUAUUUCAAAGAAGCUCUGAAAGAGGAGGCUCGCGACAGCAAAAGACGAGAAAGGAAGAGGAAAAUGAGGAGAGCGAAGAAAAAGAAGGCUCGGUCCAGGAAAAAGAAGACAGCAAAGCAAAAAGCAGGAGUUCAGAAAGCGUUGGAGGACUACCUCUACAGCCAGAUGACGACGACGACCACAAUGGAAGAUUCUGAGAAGUACUCAGAAAUGCCAUCGGAAAAACCAUCGCAGACAAGCAGCAACAUUCCGAGUGACGCUUCAACAUCGUCCGCUUCAGCACCAAAUGUUCCUGGAGAGCAAAAGGGUGUGAGCAAGUAG